AUGAAUAAAACUACAGGUAAAGAAACCUCAACUGUGAAUAUCACAUACAAACCAUCAGCCAAAGAAUCAACUGUUCCUAACACAAACAGAACCACGGGAAAAGAAUUAACAGGGGUGUCAACUAAACGUGCAAACCAAAAACAAAGAAAUCGUCAGAAAGCUACCAAAAUUAUUUCUCCCAAAAAAGUGUACACAGAAUGCUGGACACAAACUGAGGAGGACUGCUCAACAGAUGUUAAUCAGCUAACAAAAGCUGCUCAUAUUAUUUAUUCCUUCUGUCAUGCAAAUGCAGGUGAACUUUUACCCACUGAAAAAGUCUUGGAUGAAUCCUCAAAGAUUCUGCAAGCCCUUGCUCAACUUAGCAAGUCUUUUGAUUUCUCGGAUAUCCCAGAAUCGAUUCCUUUCACCAAGAAGCUGAGAGAAGAGGUAAAAUCAAUUGAAAAGUGUCAGAAUCGCUGCAGGGAGCUUAUUUUUUCAGACGAACUGCAGGCCUUCCUACCAAAAACAAAACUGAAAGGUGUAGGUACACUUGUCCACUGUAAGAUGUUAUUAGAGGAGUUCAAGCUCAGAGAAAGAAAAUUUAGACAAGCCGUGAUAAGUAUUAUAGAAUCUGAAAAUCUAGGACUCAAAAGAGCUGAAAACAUCUUGUCAAAGAUGGACCACAAAGAGCAAAUUCAUGACCUUGUGGACAGUGUUGCAGAAAACCAAAGGAUAACCAGUAACAAAGAUAAAGAUGAGCUGCAUGAACAAUACAGAGAAAUAAGCAUCAGGCAGAAAAAUCAAAUCCAGAAACUGGAGAUGAAGAUAGAAAAAUAUGAGGAAGACAAAGAGAAGAUUAAGGAUGAGUGCAGGAGACAAGUCAUAGAAAUAGAGAAAGGUCUCAUAAUGUGCAAUCAACAAUGGGAGAGAAAACUGCAGGAACAAUAUGACAAACAAGAACUUAAUGCUUCAGAAAAGACAAAGAUACUGAAAUUACUCGAGGAUGAGAAGCAAAAGGUAGCCCAUAGAGAUAAUGAAAGCAGAAAGCUCCACAAAUUGUAUCAUGAAUUAAAGGAAAAAUUGAAAGAAACUGAAAAAUUAAACUACAAUAUGUCAAAGGCCAGGCGAAAGUCUCAUAAAACUUCAGUUGAUAAAGCAUGCAGUGCUAACCUGAAAGCAGAAUGUACUAGUACUCACUGCCAAACAGAAAAUCCCAUAAAUACAGUGCCAAAAUCAAACAAUCCUGGUUCCAAAACCAUCACAAACUUGUCUAGAGCUGACCAACAGAAUGAAAGUUCUGACAAUAAACAUCACAAUCACUUCCAUGGCCCAAUAAAUACUCUGCAUCUCUAUCAUAUAUUUCCUGAGAGAACUUCUAAUUCUUCAAUACCUCACAAAGAGUCUGUACAAAGUGGCAGAAGUCGGUCUAGUUCUCGUCUGCAUAUUUCUACAGGAUCCCACAGACAACAGCUGACCAACCAAAAUCAAGGACCAAGUGUGACCUUUGAACAUCAAGAAGAGACUGAAUUUGUCUAUCGCCCAGAAUCAACCAUGUCAUUUGCAAAUUCUGAAUCUCUACAUGGAGACGAUUAUUGA